GUGCUAUCAGCUUGUGCAUCUCAGUUGUAUUCGAAAUGUGGCCGCUAACACUUGGAUUUGCGAUGCAGUUGCUGCUGCUGAUUUCGUUGCUGCUGCUGCUGCCACUACCCGGAUUUUCCGCCGAAAUGAGGCGGCCGUAUAGAUACGACAGAUACGACGGUAAUCCUGAAAACAAGCCACGGAACUUGGAGCGGAACUAAAAAAGGUUCCCAAUGGAACACAAUAAACUAGCGAAACACAAAGGCA